AUCAAUCGUUGGAGUAAUAAACAAGUAUCUAUGCAUUCGUUUCCCGAAAGUAGAACUAAUCCUCCCAUUGCGUAUUGGUACUUAUCGGGUAUAGAAUAGAUCUGCUUCUCUUUGUUCUUACGAACAGAAUUGUUCCAUUAUUUUCAAUGGAACGGAAUAAAAAUUAACCCUUUCUCAUACGGAAUCUACUGAAAAGGUUAGAUACAUAGUAUAGUCUUUUCCAAUGCGAUAAAAUAAAGUGACAUAGUGUCUAUUUUUCUUUGAUAAAGGGGUAUUUCCAUGGGUUUGCCUUGGUAUCGUGUUCAUACUGUCGUAUUGAAUGAUCCCGGUCGAUUGCUUUCUGUCCAUAUAAUGCAUACAGCCCUAGUUGCUGGUUGGGCCGGUUCGAUGGCUUUAUACGAAUUAGCGGUUUUUGAUCCCUCUGACCCCGCUCUUGAUCCAAUGUGGAGACAAGGUAUGUUCGUUAUACCCUUCAUGACUCGUUUAGGAAUAACCAAUUCGUGGGGUGGUUGGAGUAUUUCAGGAGGAACUGUAACGAAUCCCGGUAUUUGGAGUUAUGAAGGUGUGGCAGGGGCACAUAUUGUGUUUUCUGGCUUGUGCUUCUUGGCAGCUAUCUGGCAUUGGGUGUAUUGGGACCUAGAAAUAUUCUGUGAUGAACGUACGGGCAAACCAUCUUUGGAUUUGCCUAAGAUCUUUGGAAUUCAUUUAUUUCUCUCAGGGUUGGCUUGCUUUGGCUUUGGCGCAUUUCAUGUAACAGGUUUGUAUGGUCCUGGAAUAUGGGUGUCCGAUCCUUAUGGACUAACUGGAAAAGUACAACCCGUAAGUCCAGCGUGGGGCGCAGAAGGCUUUGAUCCUUUUGUUCCCGGAGGAAUAGCCUCUCAUCAUAUUGCAGCGGGUACAUUGGGCAUAUUAGCAGGCUUAUUCCAUCUUAGUGUCCGUCCGCCUCAACGUCUAUACAAAGGAUUACGUAUGGGCAAUAUUGAAACUGUACUUUCCAGUAGUAUCGCUGCUGUUUUUUUUGCAGCUUUCGUUGUUGCUGGAACUAUGUGGUAUGGUUCAGCAACUACCCCAAUCGAAUUAUUUGGUCCCACUCGUUAUCAGUGGGAUCAGGGAUACUUUCAGCAAGAAAUAUAUCGAAGAGUUAGCGCCGGACUAGCCCAAAAUCUGAGUUUAUCGGAAGCUUGGUCUAAAAUUCCCGAAAAAUUAGCUUUUUAUGAUUACAUUGGUAAUAAUCCAGCAAAAGGGGGAUUAUUCAGAGCAGGGUCAAUGGACAACGGGGAUGGAAUAGCUGUUGGGUGGUUAGGACACCCCGUCUUUAGAGAUAAAGAAGGGCGCGAGCUUUUUGUACGUCGUAUGCCUACCUUUUUUGAAACAUUUCCGGUAGUUUUGGUAGAUGGAGACGGAAUUGUUAGAGCCGAUGUUCCUUUUAGAAGGGCAGAAUCAAAGUAUAGUGUUGAACAAGUAGGUGUAACUGUUGAGUUCUAUGGUGGCGAACUCAAUGGAGUCAGUUAUAGUGAUCCUGCGACUGUAAAAAAAUAUGCUAGACGUGCCCAAUUAGGUGAAAUUUUUGAAUUAGAUCGGGCUACUUUGAAAUCUGAUGGCGUUUUUCGUAGCAGUCCAAGGGGUUGGUUCACUUUUGGCCAUGCUACGUUUGCUUUGCUCUUCUUUUUCGGACACAUUUGGCAUGGCGCUAGAACCUUGUUCAGAGAUGUUUUUGCUGGCAUUGAUCCAGAUUUGGAUGCUCAAGUGGAAUUUGGAGCAUUCCAAAAACUUGGGGAUCCAACUACAAAGAGACAAGUAGUCUGAUACAACAUUGCUCUGGUAUCUUUCGCCUCUUUUUUUGAUUUGACAUAGGGUUAGGGUACUGAAGAAAUCUUGACUUGAAUCACCAUCUUUUCUUUGACUCUUUCCUUUUCUUUAUAUGGUAAAUGAUGCCAAAUGAAUAGGUGU